CUAUAUCUGGUCUCCCCAGACCCUGCAUUCACUAUAUCUGGUCUCCCCAGACCCUGCAUUCACUAUUUCCAGUCUCCCCGGACCCUGCAUUCACUAUAUCCGGUCUCCCCGGACCCCGCAUUCACUAUAUCCGGUCUCCCUGGACCCCGCAUUCACUAUAUCCGGUCUCCCCAGACCCCGCAUUCACUAUAUCUGGUCUCCCAGGACCCCGCAUUUACUAUAUCCGCUCUCCCUGGACCCCGCAUUCACUAUAUCCGCUCUCCCCGGACCCCGCAUUCACUAUAUCCGCUCUCCCCGGACCCCACAUUCACUAUAUCCGCUCUCCCCGCACCCUGCAUUCACUAUAUCUGGUCUCCCCGGACCCUGCAUUCACUAUAUCUGGUCUCCCACAGACCCCGCAUUCACUAUAUCCGGUCUCCCCGGGCCCCGCAUUCACUAUAUCCGGACCCCGCAUUCACUAUAUCCGGUCUCCCAGGACCCCGCAUUCACUAUAUCCGGUCUCCCAGGACCCCGCAUUCACUAUAUCCGGUCUCCCAGGACCCUGCAUUCACUAUAUCCGGUUUCCCAGGACCCCGCAUUCACUAUAUCCGGUUUCCCAGGACCCUGCAUUCACUAUAUCCGGUCUCCCAGGACCCCGCAUUCACUAUAUCCGGUCUCCCAGGACCCCGCAUUCACUAUAUCCGGUCUCCC